CCAGACUUGAUUACUUUUUAAAAUACCUACCUACCUUUACGCACGUUCAAGACCAACAUACAGCAUGGCGACCAACGGGAUCAGCAUUGUCUUUGGCGGUGGUUCCUUUUGGCGAGGCACCGUCGACGAAAUCAGCUCGUGGCUGGAUGUGCUCGAAAAGGCGGGCAUCAAGAAAAUCGACACGGCCGAAGUCUAUGGCCAAUCGCAGUACCUGCUAGGAAAGGCUGGCGCCCCUUCGAGGUUCAUCAUUGACAGCAAAGCCGUCAGCGGUAUGGGUCCGAACCCUUCAACCGCCGAGGUUAUACUUGAAGCCGGAAGGAAGAGUUUGGAGCUUUUGGGGACGGAUAGUCUUGACGUGUAUUACCUUCACUCUCCGGACACGAGGGUCCCCUGGAAAGACACUCUGACCGGCCUCAACGAACUCUACAAACAAGGCGCAUUCAAACGUCUCGGUCUGUCCAACUUCACCGCCAAACAGAUCGACGAAUUCGUGCAGGUGGCCAAGGAGAACAACUUUGUGGUUCCCUCCGUCUACCAGGGCCACUACUCGCCCGUCGCGCGAAAGAUCGAAGACGACGUCAUCCCGACGCUGCGCAGGCACAACAUGUCCCUGUACUCGUACAGCCCCAGCGCGGGCGGGUUCCUGACGCGGCCCAAGGAGGCGCUGCUGGAGGGCCGCCUCGGCAAGAAGGACGAGUUCGGCGCGGUCUCCAACGCGCUGUACAACAAGCCCAGCUUCAUCGCGGCGCUCGACACCUGGGCGCGGAUCGCCCGCGACGAGGGCGUCGAGCUGGGCGAGCUGGCCUACCGCUGGGUCGUCUACCACUCGCAGCUGCGGGCCGCGUCGGGCGACGCCAUCAUCGCGGGCGCGAGCAAGCAGCACCAGCUGGUCGAGGCCGUCGAGUGGAUGAAGAAGGGGCCCCUGAGCGACGCGGCGGCCCAGAGGGUGGACGCCAUGUGGGACGACGUCAGGGCCGAGGCUGCGACGCAUAAUAUGCCCGAUGGCAUGAAGCCGAGCGAGAUUGUGCCGGAGCUUGCGGGAAAGAGUGCCGCCGAAUCUUUGUAA